CCUAUAUGUCGUUUAGAAAUUGCCUCAUUCAUCUGUUUAUCGCUGUUACAAUAGUUACAGUAAAAUUAAGUGACGGAAAGCUUUUUUCAAAUGUCUUGAUUGUUGUUGAGAAUUAGUAAGAGCACAUAUUACUUCGUUUUUCUUAUUAUCACUUAUCCUUCAAGCAAAAGAAAACAUUUGCCAGUCAUAAUUGUCACCACUAACAAUAGAAUCAUUUAUUGUCAGUAAAUAAUUAAAAAUAAUAGAGAUUUCAACUAACUGAAUAAAAAAAGCGAUUUCAAUUUAUUGCCAAUAUUGUCAACAUUUUGCUCAGUUCUCGAAAGGACAUCUGAACAGUUUGUUUCAGUUAUCUUGACAACUCUACACCAAAAGCAAUGAAUUUUGAACAGGAUAUGUCAGAAGUGCUUCGAAGCUAUGAAGUUUUACGUGAAGAGUCGGAAAGACAAGUAAAUUAUUUAACAACUGCAAUCGUUGAAAUAGAAGAUAAGCUUAUUCGGAAUAAACGAAGUUACGAACAACAAAUGCAAAAAGUCGGUAAAUUAUUUCAAUCAGAUGUCAACAAUUUAAAGAAACUGAUAAAUGAGCUGUGCAUUCAACUUGAAAUUCAAUCUUUAAAUCUUAAUCAACUUGGGAAAUGGUUGAAAGCUACUCAGGGAUGGAUACUGAUUCGAAAGUAUAUCUAUCAACAAAAGUAUAUAAGUUGGAAAGUGAAAUUAAUGCAAACUUAUCAUCAUAUCCAAACUGUUGACUCAUGCAAAGAAUUUGUUAGGGUUAUCUUUGGGAAUGAAGCAGCAAAUUAUCCUACGUGGAAAAAAAGUCAACAUCAGUCCAUGGAACAAACUAGAUUUGUUCUAUGGAAAACUGAGCGAUCAUGGCUACAGUAUAGACGUGAAAUAAUGGAAGCACAAUUAAGUAUUCAGUCCAAAGAUGAAAUAAACCGCAUCGAGAAUGAAUUAAGAAGUCGUGAGGGAAUUAAAAGAAAUUCUAGUCAUCAUUCUUACAAAAUAAAGGAUAAAAAAGACAGAUUUCUUGAUGAGACAAUAUCACGGAUAGUACAAAAAAGUGAAUUACUGAAGUAUCCUUACAGUAUUAACCAUCCACUACAUAUACAUGAACAACAGUUGAUAAAAACACAGAAUCAUUUGAAAGUUGAACGGCUGUCAACACAGAAUAAAAUAAGAUUAAAACAGGGGGAGCUGAAUUCAAUAUUGAAUUACGUUAAAGCGGUAAAAUGUCAAAUAGCAAGUCACUACAUCAUAUGUACAAAGGUUAAUUUAAAUGAACUGGAAAAAAGAAGGCACAUGCUAACUAAACUUCUAAAAGUGUUGGAUGAACUACGAGAAAAUGAAGCUGCUGAAAUGGACAAUUUAGCCAAAGAAAGGACAAAUUCAUUUGCGAUGAGAAGUAAACUGGAAAAAGAAUUGAAACAUUUACAAGUCUGUCAGAGUAUUAACGCAGAGAAUCGAUUCAGCUAUUUCUGCUAUAGAUAUAACCUACCAUUAUGUAAAUUGUAAUAUUAAACAGUAACUCGACACAAAUAAAUCGUUUCAUCAUCUGUGUUGUCGCACAUUGUUUUAUAUUAUAAAAGAUAUUAGAACCUAAAACAUACCCUUGCCCAGAUCACAAAAACCUCUGCUUUUUAAGUUAAUUCGAGGUAGAAAUAGGCUUUUACCAAUCACUCGAUUUUGUGGUGGCUACGGAAACACCAAGUCUUCAACAAUCUAUUUACAGCAUAUAUGCCAUUUUGCUGGAGCUGGGGUGAAAUGUACCGAUUAUGGUGAAGAAUAAGGUAUACCUUCAGCAACACAAGGAAAUAAGAACCGAAAUAAAUAAAUCCAUCAAUCGAAUACUUGUUGAUAUAAGUAUAAAACUUGGGCAC